UAUUAUCAUAUACACUGUUUUAAAAGUACAAUUUCUGUUAAUUUUUUUUCAUUAUGCCAUGUUUCUAAAAUUUGAAAUGUGUAUAUCAGAAUCUUGGUUGAUAUUUUUUUGUACUAUUUGUAUUUUUAAGCUUAUUACCAAUCUGCAGAGUUAUAGCACUGCCAAGUCAUCAGUAAGCCGCAAGGAAAGUAAUUACAAGACUAGCACUCUGCAUGUACUGAAUGCUACCAAAGAGGACUCAGGGCACUACAAUUGCAAGGUGACUGCAGAUCUCUCAAAACCUAAUGAUGAUUCCUUUGAAGUUAUUGUGCAAGACUCAAUACAAUCUUUCAUCAAUAUCACAAGUUCUAUUGAAAAAAUCAAAAUGGAAGAAUCACAACCACUGAAAUGGAAAACUCUAGUUCAUACCUAUCCCACUGAUCCAGUGUUGGUAUAUCGUAACUGGAGAAAGCUGGAGAUAAAGGAAUCAAGCAGGAUUACUACUGAGCAUCAUGCAAGCUCUGCUGAAUCAUGGUUGAAAAUCAGCAAUGUGACUGCUGAUGACUUUGGAUUUUAUACGUUAGAGGGGAUAACUAGUGAUAAGAAGGCUAGAGACAAUGCUACAGUUUUCGUUGAAGUGAAGAGGAACCUCAAUAUUCGUAUGCCCAUGUGUUUGUACAACUUGAUAUUCUCUCAACUUUUUCGAGAAAAGUUUGACUUGUAUGAAGACCGUGGGAAUUCCACUUCUGCUCCUGGUAACCGCAUAACAUUUUCAAUUGCUUACCGUCCUCACCAGUCUGGAAUUUUGCUCUGUGAUAUGAAAAAUUUGUAUGGAUCAAAAAAUGCAACUGUUGACGUAAUCAUGAGUGAUAUUGGUGGCAAUUAUGUUUUUAAAUAUACAGUACAGAACAAAAUAAGUCAGGUGUACCAAAACAAAACUCUCACUGUUAUUGUUAACGAUGACUUCUAUUUGAUGUGCGGAGCCAGCAAGUUUAGCUACAGUAAAGUUCAACUUUCACACUCUGCAGCCACAAACAUCCUCAAUGAUUUGAAUAUCCUUGCAAAUGAAACCAGUUUAUCCAAGUGGAAUUAUAUUAAAAAAGACGAAGUAACAAUGGAUCUGGAAGGCAACUAUACCUGCAAGGCCGUGGCUAAUAGUAAUCGACCUUCCAAAGUAAUAGUGUUGAGAAUUAAUGUGCUUUCUGAAGAACCAGUGAAGUUCACAGAUAGUGCCAAUAUGCACAUCAGUGGAGGAACAGUAUCAGUCAAGGAAAAUCAGCAGUUCAGUUUUAAGUGUACUGUCACUGGGACACCAACUCCAGUCAUCACUUGGUUUAAGGAUAGUGAGCCACUGCAACCUGGCUCUGACUUCAUCAAUAAUGAAACAGUCCUCUUGAAAAACAAAAACCAGACAUUGAUGCUGAGGUACGUGUUUGAAGCUCAUGUUGGACGCUACAGCUGUAUGGCAGAAAACCGAAAGAACUCAAUCGUUGGCUUUCUCACGCUUACCGUUCCUAAAGCUGGGCUUAGCACUCCUGCCAAAAUUUCACUGGUGCUUGCAUGCUUAGGCAUUAUCAUUUUAGUGGCAGUGGUCUUUGUGUUGUUCAAGAGAGUAAAAAAAGAAAGAAAAUUCCGAAAAUCUUUCCGUAAGAAUGAAUUAUACUUAUUUGAAAAAGGCAACAUUUGUCAACUGAACCCUGACUGCACAGCUGAUGAACAAGCAGAGUUGUUGCCAUAUGACCAAGAGUGGGAAGUUCCUCGAGAGGAUAUCAAAAUUGGCAAACAGUUGGGUUCCGGAGCCUUUGGACGUGUUGUGAAGGCAGUGGUAACGGGUCUGGAUGUAGAUGGUGAGCCAACAACCACAGUAGCAGUGAAGAUGUGUAAGAGUCAGGCUGACCCAUCCCAGGUUCGAGCCCUGGCCCUUGAGCUCAAGAUAAUGCUUCACCUUGGCAAGCAUCUCAAUAUUGUUAACCUUAUGGGUGCCAACACUGUUAACAUUGGGAAAGGAGAGCUGUGGAUUCUUGUUGAGUACUGUCACUUUGGUAACCUUCUUGCAUUCAUGCACCGGCAUAGAAAGAAUUUCAUAAAUCAAAUCAAUCCUGCCACUGACAGAAUUGACCCAACACAGUUAGUGAUGGACCCUUCUAUGUCACUAUUGUCACUGGGUCAAAGAGGAUAUCCAACUGGUCCUAUAACAGACCAGGAUGGAUAUCUGGCUCCUAAUGUUUCCAAGUUCAGCUUGACAACACCUCCAAGAGCUAGCAUAUCAUCUCCUCCACAGUCUCCCACAUCCAUGACAGGAUCCUGUAAGUUAGAUGGCACUCCAAGACAGGUUAUGGAUAACCCGAUGUACCAUGUUGGUUUAAAACGCUCAGUGAGUGACUGUCCUGAAGAUGAUCUAAAGACAAAUAGUAGCUCAGGAGGGUCCCAGAUUCCACGUUCCAGAGACUCCAGACUACACAGUACAAGAUCCAACACCAACUCUGAUAUUGGAUCAAUUGGAUAUUGUAAAAAUGACCUACAAAUCACUAACACUGACAUGACAACAGUUCAGUCACCUAUGUCCCCAUCACUUUUGUCUCCUUCAGAAUAUUCACAGCUGGGUUUGGAUUCACAAGGAAACCCUUUCUCUUAUGACAUUGGUAACAUACCAGGUGUUAAUGCACCUUUCACAACUAGUGUUCUUAUAUGCUGGGCCUGGCAGGUUGCACAAGGAAUGGACUACCUCACUCGCAGAAAGGUUCUUCAUGGAGAUUUAGCUGCACGAAAUCUUCUCUUGUCAAAUGACAACGUUGUAAAAAUCAGCGACUUUGGUCUGUCAAGAGAAAUGUACAAGAAAGACGUCUAUAUGAAGAAAGGAGAUGAUUUAAUGCCCAUUAAGUGGAUGUCAGUGGAAGCUGUCCGUGAUCGUAUAUUCAGUGUCCAGAGUGAUGUGUGGGCCUUUGGAGUCACCUUGUGGGAAAUCUUCUCCUUAGGUUCUACACCUUACCCUGGUAUAGAGGUCAACAAGGACUUCCUGGAGCUGCUUGAGAAUGGCUACCGCAUGGAUAAACCAAAAUAUGCAAACCAGGAAAUAUACACAUUGCUGCUGCAGUGUUGGGAGAUGGAACCCAUGAACCGUCCUAACUUCGCUCGCUCUGCUGAACACCUAGGUGUUCUUAUGUUGCCAGAUCUUAAAGGACAAUAUGUGGCAAUGAAUGACCCAUACCUGGUAAUGAAUGAGGAGCGGUUCAGAACAGGAACAGAUUACCUUGACAUGCUGUCAAGUCCUGACUUUGAUAACCUUCAACGUGAGGAUGAGGACACCAAGAGAAUGUACCUUAACUUAAAGAAUGCUGAUGGGAACACUGAGGACAACUACUUGAACAUGAAGUCACCAGACUUAGUAGGAUACUCCCGUGUUGGUGUUGGUGGUGAACCUACAACUGGGGUGUCCAAUCCUCAUUACUUGCCAAUGAAUUCUACCAGGGGAACUCCAAGCCCCAUGGUUGAUGUGUUUAGUCCACGACCUAAUGAGAUCCCAAGAUUCACUUUUGGACAAGGGGCAGAAAGUUCUCGACUAACAGAACUUCCAGAAGAGGAUGAAUCUGCACUUCAAGAUAUUUCUAAAGACACAAAUGACCAGUCUUCAGAAAAGUCAUCUCUGAUAAAUGCUGGUACUAAGUCUCCCUCAGAGGGUCACCUCUCAAACCUUUCUCAACAUAACUCUGAAAAUGAAGACCCUCUAAGUGGGAGCAUAAACAAUGGUGAGGUGACCUAUGUUAACCUUCCAUAUUAUGAAUCAACUUAGUUAAAGAGGCUGUUAAUAAGCAAUUUAUUUGCUCAGAUGUAAAAAUCUGCAACAGACUGUUGGACGAUGAAAAUCAUUGUUCAAACAUUCCUCAUGGUAAUGUACCUAAAAUUACAAUUAAGUUUAAUUUUAAGAAUUACAAGGCUGACAAAUAUAGAUGUAUAUAGUGUAUACAUAGAUGUAUAUAGUGAUUACUUGGUGUUCGUUCAUGCAUUAUAAUUAAUAAAGUAAUUCUGGGCUACAAUUUGUAAAUGAUGAACAUGCAUUGCUUAGUCAAUCUGGUUAAACACUGUGGGGUAUGGCCAGCAAAUUGAUGAGUAACUUCUCAAGGUCUACUAGAGACCUUGAGAAGCCAUACACAGGCUUUUUAUCACCAAGUAUGUCUACCCAUACCCACAUCUGACUCAGUUGUAUAUCAAAGAUAUCUGCUGUACUAAAUUUAGGGUAUAUUUAUACUUAUACUAUAUCAGAGUUGUACUUAUGCACAGUGUUGGUCAUGAUACUGAGAUACAUACAGCAAAUUUGUAGAUCUAUUGAUAUGUAUUUUGAGAAUACAGUGACCCCUCGUUUUUCGUAAAUAAUCCAUUCCUAAUUGCGAAAUUGACGAUUUGCGAAACCAUUUUCCCUAUAAGAAAUAAUGUAAAUCCAAUUAAUCCGUUCCAGACACCCAAAAGUGUUAAAACAAAAUAAUUUUUUACAUGAAAUAUAGAUGUACAUACACAGAAAACAAUGAGACAUGAAGAAUAAAACAAUAACAACAUGACACUUACCUUUAUUGAAGAUUCUUCUUAGUGUAUGGAAGACGGGAGGAGGGGAGAGGAUGGAGAAAUUACUGUUUGGAAGGGGAAUCCCUUUCCAUGAAGACUUCAGGUACGCAGUCCUUUUCUGGGGUUACUUCCCUUCUUUGUUUUUUAAUGCCACUAGGACCAGCUUGAGAGUCACUGCACACCUGUGGCACUAAAUAUCUGUCCAGAGAACUCUGUUUCUGGCAUCACUUUAAAAUUUUCCUAAAAUGGGACAAGACAUUGUCAUUGUACAUGUUGCCGACACAGCUUGCAACAGCUUUGUUAGGGUGAUGUUCCUCCACAGAUCUUUCCAUCCUACUCCACAUUGCACAAAUCUCCAUUAUUACCACCCUCUACGACAAUCACAACCACCAUCACAACCACCAUCACAACCACCCUCUACCACCAUCACAACCACCCUCUACCACCAUCACUACCACCCUCUACCACCAUCACUACCACCUUCUACCACCAUCACAACCACUACCACCCUCUACCACCAUCACUACCACUCUCUACCACCAUCACAACCCUGCCACCCUCUACCACCAUCACAACCACUACCACCCUCUACCACAUCACAACCACCACCACCCUCUACCACCAUCACAACCACUACCCCACAUCACAAUCAUUACCACCAUCACUUACCACCAUCACAAUCAUUACCACCAUCACUACCACCAUCACAGUCACUACCACCAUCACAACCACUACCACCCUCUUCCACAUCACAGCCCCUACCAUCCUCUACCACCAUCACCAUCACCCUCUACCACCAUCACAACCACUACCAGCCUCUACCACCAUCACUACCACCCUCUACCACCAUCACAACCACUACCACCCUCUGCCAUCAUCACAACCACUAUCACUACCACCACCACUUUCAUAUUUUUCUACAAUGUUUUUCUUUAAUUCUUCCGUGUUUGUCACCUUCUUUACCAAAGGGCUGGCACUAGCUCUCUUUGGGCCCAUGGUGGCUUAUUUCGCAGUUGCAAGCACUAAAACGGAUGGAAUGUUAUGAAAUGUAUCGUAUGAAUGCAUGGGAUCAUGCUCACUCGCUGAUAAAAAAUGGGACACUGACUGUGACUGUGUCGGGGCCACUCGUACGCAUCUGGGAUGAACAACGAUUCGCGAGUCAAUAUUUUGAUGAAAAAACAUUAUGAUUUUCGAAAAUUGCAACUUCCGAUGCUUACAAAAAACGAGGGUCCACUGUAUUAUAAACAAUGAAAGGGGCAGAUUAUAUAUUUAGUGCAUUACACUGUAUUAAUAUGCACAGUAUAUUAUAGAUAAGCAAGACGUGCAGUGGUUGGGUAUCUAUGGUUGAAACAUUUCUCAUACAUAGUUGGCCUCUUUAGUCACGUACAGAUGUGACUAAAUAUGGAGACAGCAGCAGCAGUGACGAAACAAAAAUUUCCUGAUCAGUCUAUCAACCUUGAAGGAGCAACCUUCAAGGUUACCACUUCAAGGUUGAUGAACUGAUCACAUCAGUACCUCACCACUGCUUCUGUUACUUCCAUAUUUACUAGUCACCUCUGUACUUGACUGAAGAAGCCUACUGUGUAGGCAAAAUGUUUCGUCAAAGAUAUUCAAUUGUUGCACGACUUGGUAAUGUGCUUGUCAAUACUGUAUACCAUUUUCAUAAGUAUACAGUAUAUUGUACCGGACAGACAUUUUUGAUAGCAUUCAAUGUGGAAAAUGUAUAUAAAGCAGGGCUAGCUAAUACAAAUGAACAAGAUGUUAUACAGGUGUCAAAUCAUAAUUAUACAUGGUACUAUAUUAUUGAACACUUUAUAUUAUAUAUGAAGAUGAGUCAUGUUUUUUUACCCAUGGAAGCAAAAUAGUAGCAAAAGUAUAUUGCCUCACUGAUGGUCUUGACUUCGUCAAAAUGGACUGCUGUCCACCAGAUGGUCUGGCUGUCCACCAGAUGGUCUGGCUGUUUCUUUGAACGUGUAUGUUUAUUCAUCUCUGGUGCCCUUCUAAUUCUUUACAUCUACAUAUCCUACUCUGCAAGGAUUGUCAGGUCUUCUUGGGAGUCCAACAGCUCUUGAUUAAGUACAUUGUGCCCCGUGGCCUGGUGGCAAAAACUCUCGCUUCACACGGCAAGGGUUCGGGUUCGAUACUCGGCAAAGGGGUGGAAAAGAUGGAUGUGUUUCCUUACACCGAUUGUCUGUAUUUACCCAUCAGUAAAAUGGGUACCUGGGUGUUAGUCAACUGGUGUGGGUCAAUUCCUGGGACAAAAUUGACCUAAUUUACCAGAAAUGCUCUGCAUAACAAGCGGCUUUCUGUAUAGUAGUACAGUGGACCCCCGGUUAACGAUAUUUUUUCAUUCCAGAAGUAUGUUCAGGUGCCAGUACUGACCGAAUUUGUUCCCAUAAGGAAUAUUGUGAAGUAGAUUAGUCCAUUUCAGACCCCCAAACAUACACGUACAAAUGCACUUACAUAAAUACACUUACAUAAUUGGUCGCAUUGGGAGGUGAUCGUUAAGCGGGGGUCCACUGUAUGUCAUUGAUAUCAGCUAGGACUGUAUACCUUGUACACAUACUUGUAAUAAAUAAAGAUAUUAUUAUAUUAUAUUACAGUAAUUCAUUGCCAUGACAUACUUGAUCUACUGUCCCUACUGACUCUCCCUCUUUCACUGCAGACACUAAUUUCUUAACUGACAGAUUUGCUACAGUAAUUGUGACACCCUUUACUCUCCUCCCAUUUCCCUUCUUUUGAUGUCUAUAGAUCAACACCACCUCAUCCUCUUCUCUCUCUUAGUUCUGUGCAUGGCUAAAUGUCCUUAUGGGAUUAAUGAUAUUCACAAAUAUGAUGAUUUGUGUACAUAAUUGUACAAAUGAUAAUUUUGUUACAUAUAAUGUUUAUUUCAGUCAGAUGUUAAAAACUAUAAUUUUUCUGAAAGUUGAAUCAGACUGGUACAGUUUUUGCAAAUUAUUGAUGUAUUUUCAGUUAUUAUUUAUAAAAGUUUUGUCUAAUGUUUUUCCCACUGAAUAAACUUAGGCUGCAUUUUAGUUUAUCUUUUUAUACAGCAAAGCUGAUAUGCAAAAUUAUUUGGAAAUGCAGCACCUCAUUUUGCUCUGUCCAAAUGAACUUUGAAAAAAAUGUACUGUAAAACUUUGUACAAAGUUCUUUAGGGUAAAAUAAACUUCAGAUUCAAGGUUUUUCACUGAAAUAUUCUUGUUCAUUGUGUUUUGUGUUGUAUAUUAGUAUAUUAUUAGUAUUAAUAUAUUAUUUCAUUUGCAUCUCGCAAAUAAAGUAAAUUUAAAGUGCAAUUAUAUUGUAUAUAAUUGAAAAAUUCUGAAAUGCUUUUGUCUUCAUUUUGUUUAUGUAUUUUUAGUGUACAUGUACAUAAUAUGUUAAUGUAUCAGAUAUUUGAUGCUUUCCUAGGCCACUGCACUUACAUCUUCAUGAGUAUUAUAUCUGCUAGAAAACUGUUUACUGUACCAGUAUGUACAGUACUCAAGGGAGGUAAAUAUUUAUAUUUUACUUUGAAAUACCAUUUAUAAGGAUAAUCUAUGAUUACCAGCAGCAUUCUUAUUACAAGCUACACUCUCAUUACCAGUCAUUAUCCUCAUUACCAUUUUACCUAAUCCAAAACACUGUUGUGACUUACAUUAGUAGGGGUCAUAUAAGGGUCAUACAGUGCCUGGGAAAUGAGAGGCAGUCAGAGUCAGUCCAAGGAAAGGGCAUAUAAGCUCACUUCCUUGGACACAAACCUUUCUUACUGGUGUCAAGCCUCCUUGAGGGAGUGCCUCUCAAUAUUAUUAUUGUUAUUACAAUCAAAACUGGGUGUUUAAAACACAAGGGUUAUACAGUGCGCCUCUCCAUACAUACAGUGGAACCUCGGUUGUUGAACAGACUAGCUGUCGACAAAUUGGUUUUUGAACUGAUUUGUUUGAUUUGGUUUUUGCACGUGGUCUUGGUUGUUGACCAACAACGCUCGGAUCACAAUCACCAGAGUCCACAGCAUGGGUCUUGGUGAGUAUAGCAACUAAUGCGCAUGCUGUAAACAUUUUUUUGAGCUCUUGCUGUGCACCUCUUCAAGGGGGGCUCCUUGGCAUGGUGAAGAGGCUCUUGGUCUCAGGAAUUAGACCUGUCGGUCUCCUUCCUCAGACCGAACCUAAUUACCCCCCAAUCCCCUCUUCCCUAUCCCAUCCUUCCCUUUUCCUUUCCUCCUCCUCCCCACCCCUCCCUUUUGCCCUUCCUCUUUUUGGCCUUUGGGAUUUUUUCCACAGGCACACUAGUUCAUAGGUAGGGGGAAGGGUACCAGGGUCCAUCCCAUUCCGUUGAGGUUCUUGGCGGUGGCGUAGUUUGCCGUGGGAUCUGGAUCGCCUGGGAUGUCCCGAUCCCUCUCCAGUAUCUCGGAGGGUGGCUUUGGGUGUCUUUCAGGCAACGGGUGUAUCUCUGGAAGCCACCUUUCGGAUUCCGAAGGAGGUAUGCUUUGUGGUGGAUAUCCGGCCGCCCUCUCUUCUCCACCGAGGUAGCUCGGUAGAUGUGAGGUUGGUAUCCCGGAUUGCUGGUUUACUGGCAUGAAGGGUAGGGUAUGGCACGGGUUCCAUGCUGCAUCUUUGCUGCUUGUGGUGCUGAGGUCCUCUUGGGCACGGAGGGAGAUUUCUGGCCCUUUCAUUCCUCCUAGGAACUAUCCCUCCCUGGUCCCCUCUUUUUUUAUUCUUUUUUUAUUUUUAUUUUCUUUUCUUCUUUCUUUUUUUUUAUUAAAAACAAAAAGAAAGAAGUAACCUAACCAUGGAGUCCCAAAUCCAUGACCCCACUACCCCCGGGCCCCUUAUUGUUACCGCACCCUGUUCUGACCUCGCCUCGUCUUUUGGCCACUCUUUGAACACUCCUAAGGCCCCUGUACCUCUUGCUGGUGCUGUUUCCUCACUCGCUUCAGGUACAGGGGCUUCCACUGACUCCUUCGAUUUGUCUGACCUCCGCUUUCCUUUGACUAUGCUUCCGGCCUCUCCCUCUAUGGUGUGACAAUUUUCGAAUCGCCAGCCCGUCUCAUGUAGGACCGACUCUGGUCCCACUUCUAAACGCCAACGACAAUCUCCUGACGAUGUUGCUUUGUUACCUUCCCAUUCUACUUGGAAAAGACCGACACGUCAUGCACUCCCUCUCCACACUCAGUUUCGGACCACACAAUGGACUAAAUUCUUUACUUUACGACCGACUUCUACUGCCUAUCUUUCUGACCAUAGUAUUGGCAAAGUGCUCCUACGCCACGUUGGUAGAGAUAUUUCCUUUCAUGCUCUUAAGAGUGGUACGCGCAUCAUCACAAUCCAGAAUUCUACCCAAGCUCAUGAUCUUUCUCUACUUUCACAUGUCGAUACUAUUCCUAUCACUAUCGAAAAACAUCAUUCCCUCAAUUCUUGUAGUGGUACUGUUAUUCUGCCCCAUACCAUAGUCCAACAGAAUUUCCAGACAUGUGGCAAUGACAUUCUCAAACAGCUGGAACUCCAAGAUCUCCCAAUUCUCAAGGUAGACACUUAUGUUCUUCCCACCAGCGGGCGAAGACGAAACCCUUGCAAUGUGGCUCGUUUAACUUUUGACAGUCGUGAACUCCCAUCCUCUGUUUAUGUAGCAGGACAUCGGUUACAAGUUCGGAAGGCGAUCCCUACACCGCAACAGUGUAGGAAUUGCUGGCGAUUUGGCCACCCAUCAAAAUAUUGCAGAUCUAUAGCCAAAUGCCCAGUCUGUGGUGCCGAUGACCAUUCUAAUACAUCUUGCAGUCGACCUCCCUCUUGCCUUAAUUGUCAUGAGGCUCACCCUUCGUACUAUUGCCGUUGCCAGGUCUGCUUAAAUGAGCGGGAAAUUCGUUGCCUCAAAGAGGCAGAAGGUCUCCCUUAUGCUAUGGCAGUUUCUCAUCUCCGCCUCCAAGGGAGACUACCCCAUGUUUCUUAUUCUCAUGUUUCAAAACGUCCCCCCACUUCUGGGGUCCCAUCUUCUGCAGCCUCCUCUGUGGUUGCCAGUCCCAUAGUCACUGCUGUAUCUAAUUCUUUUGCUGUCCUGGGCUCAGACGUCCAUACUUCAACACCUCAGUCUGUCCUCACUUCUUCGUGUUCUUCCUCACAAACCUCGGUAUUGACAAGACCUCGUACAACACCUCCUCCCAAUCGUCCCUCUACUUCUCAGAGGUCCAACAAAUCUCCUGUAACCCCUCCUUCCCUUCAUCCACCUCCACAUUUUACCUUCCCGGUCUCUGUACCUAGGUCUUUCCCUUUCACUGGCUCCAUUACAAGUGUGGAGGUUCAUCCUCCUCCUCGUACUGUGCCUUCCUCCCCUGUCCCCUUCCAAGUUUCUUCCUCUCCUGCCACCUCCCGGGUUUCUGCGUCUUCUGUCCCCUCCCACACUUCUCCAGUUCCCUCCACCCUUUUGCCCCCCCCCCUACCUUGGUACAGUCCAUUACAGCUCCGAUCUUUACUCAAACUCCUCCUCCUUCCAUCUCCAAUAUUGUCUCCCAUACGACGUCUCUGAACUCUGAAACACUUGAAGUAAUCUCUGAAUAUAUUGCAGAGACCAAACCAUCAAUGGACAUUGAUCCACCCUCUGUUCCUUCUCUUUCCACUUCUCCAUCUGCGCAACUCCUUUCUUCACAACGCACCGUUCCUUCGCUACUUGAAUGUUUUCCUUUGCCACCGCAUGUGGACUUUUCUAACCCUUCUAGUCCGUAGGUACCCUUACCUGUGGAUUUCAGGUAUCUUUAUCAUUGCCCCAAUCAUGGCCUAUUUACAGUGGAAUAUUCGCGGCCUCAGGGAUAAUCGGGGUGAGCUUCAGAUGUUGCUCUCCCAGUUUUUCCCUGUUGGUGUUUGCUUACAGGAACCAAAAUUACACUCUGCCGUUAUCUAUCCCAUCUCAGGCUAUAAUUUAUUGUAUUUUUCAGAUCUUUUUCCUGAUGGGACCUUUAAUGAAAGUGCCCUUCUUCUACGCACUGAUAUUCCGUACCAUCAGCUAUUUGUUCGUACUUCGCUGCAUUACACAGCAGCCCGUAUCCUCUUGCAUAGGUGGUAUACACUCUGUUCUUUGUAUCUCUCUCCUUCUCGGGCAUUAUCUAUCCCGGAUAUUGCCUUUCUUGUUUCGUUAUUACCGCCAUACUUGGCGAUUUUAAUGCCCAUCAUUUCCUCUGGGGGGGGGUCUCACUGUGAUUCCCGUGGCAUUCAGUUAGAAGCUUUUCUUGCUACCCACCCCCUCCAUGUUUUGAAUACGGGUACUCACACCCAUUUUGAUCCUCGGGCUCAUACUCUCUUGCAUCGAUCUCUCAGUCUGCUCUUCCUCUGCCGCAUUAGACUUCACCUGGUCUGUUCUCCCGGAUUUACAUGACAGCAAUCAUUUCCCAAUCAUUCUUACUUCCCCUUCAUAUUCACCACCUCUUCGUAUGCCACGCUGGCAAUUUGAUCAGGCAAAUUGGAACCUUUACUCACAACUAACUGUUUUUAGUGAGGUUCCUUCUUCGUCCUCCAUUGAUGAGCUUUUACACCUCUUCUCAUCCUCUGUUUUAACCGCAGCUUCUCAUUCUAUACCCCAAACUUCGGGCAGGCAGUCUCAGAAAUGCGUGCCUUGGUGGUCUCCUGCUUGUGCUCGUGCAGUACGUUUGAAACGCGCUGCGUGGGGCAGAUACCGGUACAAUAGAACCACGGAGAGACUUCUUGAUUUUAAGCAGAAGCGUGCAAUCACUCGCCGUGUCAUUCGUGACGCUAAACACAUUUCUUCUCGAGAUUAUGUCUCCACCAUCACCUCUGCUUCCUCUAUGAGUGCAGUCUGGAAAAAGUACGAAAACUGAGUGGCAAAUAUUCUCCUGACCCGGCUCCUGUUCUGCGGGUUGCCGGUGUUGAUAUAGCAAACCCACUAGAUGUUGCCAAUGAAAUUGGCAAUCAUCUGGUUUGUAUUUCUCAGGGGCUCCAUCUAUGCCCCUCGUUUCUUUCCUCAAAGUCUGCCAGAGAGUUAGCACCCUUGGACUUUUCUUCUCUCAGAGAAGAACAGUAUAAUGUGCCUUUUACACUUCAGGAACUGGAGGCAACACUCUCAGCCUGUUGAUCAUCGGCAGCUGGGCCCGACGACAUUCAUAUUUGUAUGCUACAACAUUUACAUCAGUCAGCCCUUACAGUCCUAUUACGCCUUUUCAAUCUUAUUUGGUCACAAGGAGUUCUUCCACAGCUGUGGAAAUCUGCCAUUGUUCUCUCUUUCCCCAAACCGGGUACUACGGGACAUGAAGCCUCCCACUAUCGUCCCAUUGCUCUUACCAGUGCAGUUUGUAAAGUGAUGGAACGUCUGGUAAAUCGACGUUUAAUGUGGUAUUUAGAGACACACAACAGUCUCUCCACUAGUCAAUAUGGCUUUUGUAAGGGCCGUUCUACCAUAGACCCCUUACUACGCUUGGAUACGUAUGUUCAUAAUGCCUUUGUGAAUAACCACUCAGUUAUUGCCAUAUUUUUUGACCUUGAGAAGGCAUAUGACACAACUUGGAGGUAUAAUAUUUUGGCCCAAGCCCACUCCUUAGGCCUUCGAGGCAAUCUACCAUCCUUUCUUAAGAACUUUUUAGCUGACAAACAUUUCCGUGCUCGGGUUAAUAAUGUGCUCUCCCCGGACUUUAUCCAAGCUGAAGGUGUUCCCCAGGGAUGUGUUCUGAGCACAACACUUUUUCUCCUUGGUAUUAAUGAUUUGGCCUCUAGUCUUCCAUCCAAUAUUUGGUCAUCACUCUAUGUUGAUGACUUCGCUAUUGCCUGUGCAGGCUCUGACUGUCACCUCAUUACAGUUUCUCUCCAGCAUGUGGUCGACCAUGUUUCCAAUUGGGCCACCACACAUGGGUUUAAAUUUUCCAGUACCAAAACUCACCAAAUUACUUUCACUAGAAGCUCUGUUAUCUCCGAUCAUCCUUUAUACCUUUAUCGCACCCGUAUCCCUGAACAUGAUACAGUCAGGUUUCUAGGCCUCCUCUUUGACCGCAGGUUAUCCUGGAAACCUCACAUUACCUCUCUGAAGACAACUUGUCACAGCCGGCUGAACCUUCUUAAAACCCUUGCUCAUCUUUCAUGGGGAGCUGAUCGUCAAACUCUCCUUUGCCUACAUUCCACCCUCAUUUUAUCGAAACUUGACUAUGGUGACUAGAUCUAUUCAACUGCCUCUCCUGCUACUCUGUCUAGGCUCAACCCUAUUCAUCACCAAGGAUUAUGUUUAUGCCUUGGUGCUUUUCGCUCUUCCCUUGCUGAGAGCCUCUAUGCAAAAGCGAACGUUCCAUCCUUAUCCGAUCGCCGUGAUGCCCAUUGCCUUCGCUACUAUGUACGCUCUCAUGAUCUCCGCAAUCCUUCCAUUUAUAGAAUGGUCACCGAUAUUAGUAGACAUUCUUUAUUUGUUCGCCGCCCCUGUUUGCUCCGUCCCUUCUCUCUUCGCCUACAUUCGCUCUUGUCUUCUCUUCAAUUUCCACCUUUCUAUGUUCAUGUAGCAUCUCACUUUUCCCUACCUCCCUGGGAAGUUCCAGCUGUUCGAGUCUGUUCUUUCUCACUCCCUUGCUCGAAAGCCCAAUUGUCUACGGUAGCUUCCCGCUCUCUUUUUCUUGACCACUUUCACUCUCAUUCUCAUGCCAUUGCAGUGUACACAGAUGGCUCCAAGUCUUCUGACGGCGUAGGAUUUGCAGCAGUGUUUCCAGACAGCGUCGUACAAGGGCAUUUACUAUCUUCAGCUAGUAUCUUUACUGCUGAAUUGUAUGCCAUUCUUGCAGCACUUAUCCGUAUUGCAUCAAUGCCUGUGUCAUCAUUUGUGGUUGUCUCAGACUUCCUUAGUGCUUUACAGGCUAUACAGAAAUUUGAUACACCUCACCCCUUAGUCCUCCGUAUCCAACUUUGGCUACGCCGCAUCUCUACCAACCAUAAAGAUAUUGUUUUUUGUUGGGUCCCUGGUCUUGUUGACGUACAGGGCAAUGAACAGGCAGACACUGCUGUGCGGUCAGCAGUACAUGACCUAUCAGUUUCAUAUAGAGGUGUUGCAUUUAUGGACUAUUUUGCUGCAAUAGCUACCCACCUUCACACCCGUUGGCAACAACGUUGGUCUACUCUACUCGGUAACAAACAUCAAUCUAUUAAACCAAGUAUAGGUUACUGGCCGUCUUCUUGUCACCAGUGCCGAGGUUGGGAGACUACUCUCUCCCGUCUCCGCAUUGGCCAUACUCAUCUUACUCAUGGAUAUCUCAUGGAGAGGUGCCCUGCUCCUCUCUGUGGGAAUUGUCAGGUUCCAUUAUCGGUCAGCCACAUUCCGUUAGACUGCCCACUUUAUCAACGAGCACGCAGAAUUUACCUCCAACGUCGUCUUCGCUCCGCUGCUCUCUCUUUACCUUCCCUUCUCGCUGAUGGACCCACCUUUCAUCUGUACUCUCUCAUUGACUUUUUGACAACAACUGACUUACUUCACAAACUCUGAUGAUACCUUCAGCCCUUUCUACCUCAAUCUCUUCCUAUCCUCUACCCUGCACUAUCCCCUGCCCCGCUGUUUUCUGUAACCUACUGAUCGCCCCUCCCCCCUUCUGCCGCCCAAUACCCUCGCUUCCUUUCUUACCCUGCAGCGCUGUAUAGCCCUUGUGACUUAGCGCUUCUUUUUGAUUAUAAUAAUAAUAAUCUUGCUGUGCAUCUUGUGAAGGCAAUGAAACUGAAAGUACGAAAUUUGAUGGGAAACUUAUGGAAUUAUGGUACUGUAUCACGAAGUUUGCUGCCUCUGCGGUAUUUAUGCAUCAGCGAUUUUGCCGACUUUGUGCCCUAUUUUGGGCAAAUUCCAUUAUUCCAAUCGACCAAAGUCAUAGCUAUUUCACUAGAACUCCUCUUAGUCUAUCAGUUGAGUACAAGAAACUGAGCAUUUACCUAUUUCAACUACCUAAUUAAGUGAUCUGAAUUUACUAAUUUGGCCAGUUUCACACAAAAUUCAAGAAAAGCCAGUUUCAAAAUAGUGUCAACCAUAAAUGAUGCAGACAUUCCUGGCACUAAAAUAACAUUUUAUCUGUUCAUUAAUCACAUCUCAAGGCCCCUCUUAUAUUACUCUUGCUUUUCAUUUUGAUUUUUAUUCACACAAAAAAAUAGAACAGUUACUGUUAUUCAGACUACUGCAUAAUUGUGUAAAUAAUAGCACAUUCGUGAAUGCACAUUAGACCCAAUAGUUGAUGUAUAUUGGACUUGUGAUAUUUGUUUACUCUUGAACAUUGGCAAAAACUGAAUAUUUCUGCUAAUUUGAGCUCAACUUCAAGCUACUUUUAGUCUUUAAACCAUUGAAACUCAUCUCUAUUUGUGUAAUAUAUCUUCAUUCUAUCAAAUGAGACCAAGAAAAUGAGAAUACAACAAUAAAUACCAUACAAAAAUACACCACAAAGUCGCUGUAUUAAACCAAAAAUAUGGUCGCAGUUUUUUUCCUCAUUAUGCACUGUGUGCUGCAGGAUUUUUUUUAUACUGUGCACACUGACACUGCAGACCCAUUGUCUCACAUGUAGGCCUACCUGCUCUCUCCCGCAAGAUUUGAAGCCGCUAAAAUUUGCCAAUAGCUCUCCUCAGACGGUUAAGAGGCAGUUAAAUUUUCAUUUACUGUAGUAUUUCAGUUAAAUUUUCAUUUACGGUAGUAUUCAUUUUUACAGUUUCUCUCUGCUGUAUAAUUUUGUACAUUGUUUUGCAUACAUGUACUAGUUAGAACAUUAUUAUUAAUAAAUUUAUACAUUGUCAUUAUUGGUCUAGAAUGGAUUAAUUCUAUUUACAUUAUUAUUUAUGGGAAAAAUUGGUUUAGUUGUCAAACCGACAUCUGGAACGAAUAAAGUAUGACAACCAAGGUUCCGCUGUACAAUAAUUCUGGCUAAAACAUGUAUCCUCAGAAUCAUUGUACAAUCUUGUACUGAUUUUCCUGAAUAAAGCUUAUCUUUUUUUGGUGAUUUA